UCUAACACUCUCCGAAUGCCAGUCCGUUUUCUUAAAGCUAUUGCCGGAGUUUAUCUCUUCCGCUCUACUGACGAGCCUUUCGACGGCGGCCGCUUGGAGUCAACUUCAUUGGAACGCGAGAGGAAAAUGGCAGCCUCCUUAGAAGUGUCCCAUGUAGCUUGCUCCGCUAACCGCGCCGGCCCCGGAGUGAUCUCUUGGGGGAGAGGAGCUCUAUUGGCGUUCGGGUCUUGUCGUUCUGUCAUCCUCUAUGACCCACAGAAAAGAAAAGUAGUGGGAAUACUGAAUGGUCAUACUGAGAGAAUUAAUUGUGUUAAGUGGAUUCGCAGAAAAGAUGGAUCUUAUGAAACGGAAUUAAUAUCUGGCGGUUCAGACAAAGUUCUUAUUCUUUGGGAAAUUCAAAAUGAGAAGCUUGUGAAUGAUGUGCACCUCGAAGGUCACACUGAAGCAAUUUGUGCACUAGAUGCUGUUUACCUGAGAAAUGAAAACGCAGUAGGAUCAAGCCUACUAAUAGCUUCUGCAGCUUCAGAUUCAACUGUCAAAAUUUGGUCCAGACAAGAAACAGAAGUUAAGUGCCUUCAGACAUUGAUGUUUGGAAAUGGAUUUGUUAUGGAUGUUUCGUUGUCCUUCUUGCCAGGCAAUGACAUACCGGUACUCGCUUGUGGUGGUGAUGAUUGCAGAAUUCACUUAUAUGUGCAACAGGCUGGAGAGUUUCAGAAAUCUUUACUACUACAUGGACAUGAAGACUGGAUAAGAGGAGUUGAAUGGGCAUUUUGUGAUGGAGAUCUGUAUUUGGCAAGCUGUGCUCAGGAUUGUCUGAUAAGAAUCUGGAAGAUGCAUGCAACUUCAUUGUUUGGGGAAAUCCAAGAUGAGGACACUAUUAGGUUGAAAGAGAAUGUUUUCACCAUAAAAAGUAGCAAUGGUGUAGAUAAAUCCUUUGCAGUUACCUUGGAUUCAGUGCUAGCUGGCCAUGAAAACUGGGUAUAUGGAGUUCAUUGGCAGCCACCAUAUUUUAAAGAUGGCAGGAUGGAACAGCCAAUGAAGUUACUAUCUGCUUCAAUGGACAAAACAGUGAUCCUGUGGUCUCCAGAUGAUGAAUCUGGAAUGUGGUUGGAACAGGUCCGAAUAGGAGAAGUGGGAGGAAAUACGCUUGGAUUUUUUGACUGUCAGUUCAGCCCAGACGGAUCAAUGAUUCUUGCUCAUGCUUUCCAUGGAGCCCUUCAUCUUUGGAAACAGACUUCUGCAAACAAGAGUGAAUGGACUCCAGAAGUGAUGAUUUCAGGACAUUUUAAUUGUGUCCAAGAUGUGAAGUGGGAUCCAGAGGGAGACUUUAUAAUUUCUGUUGGUUCUGACCAAACCACAAGAAUAUUUGCUCCAUGGAAAAGAGAGAACAACCCAGAGGUGUCAUGGCAUGAAAUAGCAAGACCCCAAGUCCAUGGGUAUGAUAUGCAGUGUAUAGCACUGACAGCACGGUUUCAGUUUGUAUCUGGAGCAGAUGAGAAAGUGCUUCGCGUGUUUACUGCGCCUAGAAAUUUCAUUGAGAACUUCAGCAGUAUUUCUGGAAUAUCUCUGGAGAAAUUAUAUUCUGGUCAAAUGGUGGAUCUUCCAGAAGGGGCUACUGUACCAGCCUUAGGUUUAUCCAAUAAGGCUGUCUUUGAAGCUGCAGAUACAACAGCUCAAAAAACUGAAGAAGAAAAUCUCAGUAAUGCUUCCAGACAGUACCGUGAAAAUUACUUUCAGCCAUGUAGUCUUUCAGAACCUCCCACAGAAGAUCAUCUCUUGCAGAAUACACUGUGGCCCGAAACUCAAAAGUUAUAUGGACAUGGUUAUGAAAUUUUUUGUGUUGCUUGCAAUAAUGCAGGCACUGUGAUAGCCUCUGCGUGUAAGGCUUCUAAAAAAGAAUAUGCAGCCAUUAUUUUGUGGAGCACCACAACUUGGAAACAAUUGCAGAGCUUACCUUUCCACAAUCUGACAGUGACACAGAUGUCUUUUUCCCCAAAUGAUAAAUUCUUGCUAGCAGUUUCAAGAGAUAGGAAUUGGUCACUUUGGAAAUCUAAUCAUAUCACUCCAACAGAAUCAGAACCAGCUUUCAGCCUCUUUGCAGCCACAGGAAAGAACAUUGCUGUGCAUAGUCGUAUCAUUUGGACCUGUGAUUGGACUCCAGAUAGCAAUUAUUUUAUUACUGGAAGCAGGGACAAAAAGGUCGUGAUCUGGGGUAAAUGUUUAACAGAGGAGAAUAAAGAUAAGGAUUUGGGCCUAAUCCAGCCUUGUUCACCAGUCCUGGAUGUUGGUGAUUCGGUCACUGCAAUUAGUGCUAGUCAUACACUUGCUUCUGACGGGAGCUUCAUAAUUGCCAUUGGGACAGAAUGUGGGAAGAUUCAUUUGUACAAAUGGAAGCCAGGCAAUAAAAAGUUGCCACUUUCCGAUUGGUGCAACUGUGUUGAGACGGAUGACAGCCAAAGCCAUACCCUUGCUGUCAAACGACUGCAGUGGAGAAAGCGUGUGGGCAGAGCGGGGCAGGACACAGCCGAGAGCAGCAAGUGGCUGCAGCUGGUGAGCUGCGGGGCGGAUCACUGUGUGAAGAUCUUCAGUAUCAAUCGGCACAGCCUUUAAAUGAUGACUUUGAGGCAGACCUACUCUACUUGCCUACCAGCCAUUUCCUGAACUGAUUUUCUUAAAAGAAGCAAAAAUUGGACUUCCAGCUCUUAGAGCAAUGCAAUCUGACACCAGUAUAAACUGAACUUACAUACUGAAGCAGUUUGAGAAGUAAUAUAUGGGCAUAAUGCUUCUGUACAAACAAGUUUUUAUUGUAUGCUUAGCAAUGGCCAUUUGUCAUAGAAGGUCCCUCUGAGCCAAGUCCUCUGUAAUCCAUAUACACCUAGAACGGAUAUCAAACUGGGAGAAAGGGAAUUAUGUUUCUUGCUUCCCUCUCAUUUGUAAAAACACACUGUAUUUCUGCUUAAACUUGCAGAAUGGUUGUUUUCACAAUAGAGUGCAGGGACUCCAUUUUGAAGUCCAUUUUUGUAUCUUCCAGAAUGGUUGAUGGGUGAUUGCAGUAAAGAUCCUUGGUUUUGCAGCGUGCAGACUAGGGAAAUUUGGGGAUGGCGGUUAGGGAGAAUUGGGGAGUGGAUACUAGCAGAUUGCAACAUUUGUUUCCUUGGGUUACAAUGGAAGGGAGAAGAAGCGGGAGAAUAAACACUGGUUCCUCCAAAGAAAUCAGAAAUGAUCCAAACGUGAAAGAAAGAAUAAGCGGUAUGACAGUGAACAGAGGUGCCCAUGGAAGGCAGAAAAAGGAUGAAGGUCGCACAAAUGGUCUUGGCGGCAUAAAUUUCUGAUACCAUAAAUGUCCUUAAAGACAUUUUGUCCACAAAGAAGUACAAAUGAUGGAAGAAAUAAAAGGAAGAAAUGAGAGAUCCAGGUAAAACUCAUGUGCCUGGAAUGAAGAGACCAGAGGAUAGACCUGACUGGAAUUGGUACAGCAGGAACUUGAACUGAAAGGAGAAGCAAGCAUUGCAGAGGACCCUCUGCUGGUGGCUCCUGUGCUGGCCAUCUAUGGCUGCUCUAAAGGACCAGCUGAAGAGGGCAACAUGAGGAAAUUUGCAACUCUGUAUAGAAGAGGCAGGGAGGGCAGGAAUAAGACCUUGUCUUAAAUCAGAAUAUGUGUCUUCCUUCAUUAAAGGGCCAUAGUGGGACUAGGGUACUGAAGGGGGAAAUCUUGAGAGUGUACAUUGGAUAAAGUGAUGAAGGGCUGUUAGAUGAAUGUAAUAGCAAUUGGUUAAUACAAAGAGUAUAUUGAAUGGAAGCUUAUUUGAGACAGUAUGGGAGGUUUUGAGAAGCCUCAGGGUAUGUGGAUGCUGAGGGGCAAAUUCCCUCAGUGUCAGAAUGUAAAAUGUGUGUGUGUGUGUGUGUGUGUGUGUGUGUAUUCUGGUUGUUCCAGAAGGGAAAUCUGCAGUCUUUGAUUCUAGCUGCUUACGUCCAAAACAUAAGAGGCCUAGCCCAAAGUAUUGUGGCCAAAACCUGGCUCACUUAAAACAACAAAAUCACUCUGAAGAUACAUUAUUUUACUGAAGAUGAAUGUAUGGUGGAGGUUUUUUAAUAGAAAUUUUAUUAAACUAGUACAAUGAUAAAAAGCUAAUGCAAACUAAAAACAGUGCAAGAAAGAAUGUAGAAGAAAAAAGAACAUCGUGUAUAAAAAAGAAAAGGAAAUGUCAAAGAAAUGACUUCCCUCUUCAUAUUUUCUUUAAAAAAGCAGCCAUUUGAUUCAAAGAAAAAUCCCAGGAGCCUAGAGGAAAGGAUUUAGAUGUUCUGAGAUUUCUCUUGCUAUGAUGAUCACUUUUUAAACGCUUGAGUAAUCCUUACUUUUAAAAAAUUUCCUGCAGUCAUCAUCAUCAGUAGCUAUGGGUGGUGUCUGAUGCUAGACUGCCUUAGGAUCCCACGUACAUCAGUUUAGUCUCAAUCAUGAGGAAAGCAGCUAGCAACGUCUUCUUUCCUGCAGACACUUGACUGCAUGAUUCUGGAGUCAGAGAGGAUUUAGUUGCCUUUCUAUUGUGCUGGGACACUUUGUCCUUCUUAAAGAGAGUCUGGUCUGUUGCUUAUUUGGAAAACCAUGUUGAAAUUGUUGACUUUGUUAAUCAGAAAGGGUACCUAAUUUGAUAUUAAUGUGCAGUGUAGAAUAAGUACUGCAGUAGGAAUCCAGUCUAAAUUAUUUUUAUUCAGACUGCAGCAAACAUAUUUGGUUCUAUGCUGGGCAUUUUCUGCGUAGAGCUGAAAAUUUGAUCAGCUUCAAGUACUUUUCCUUGGUGUAGCUGUUUGAGUAUUAUUUCUAUUGGAAACAAAGGUAUGUUUUAAGAAUGUUCUCAUAUCAGAUCAGAGGAAUGAACUACUCACUGAGAGAAUUUAUUUUUUAUUUUUUCCUCUUCAAACCACAGGGUCUCUAGUUAAAUCUCUUCAUGCAGAAACCUUGGAGGCUCACAGUCAAUCAAAUUGGUAGUACCUGGUCAGAAUUAUUAAGAUGUCAUUCUCUUCCAGAUUCUUUAUUAAACUGAUUAUGAAACAACAGACUCCAUUUUUAUGAGUCUGUGUUUGAAAAAGGAAUAGAAGCAGGGGUGGAGUAUCAUAGCCAGUAUGUCAGACACUUAAUUAAUUAUUAUGUUUCAAGGCCUUUGAUUUUUGUGCAGUACCCUAUUACAAAUUAUUGACUUGCUCAGUUCGUGUUUAGGAUCAGUAUUCCUAUUUAUUCAAUCUUUCUAGUUCCCAAAUAUAAUACGUGAUUAAGCAAAUGGCUCUUUUCAGUCCAGGACUAGCAAGUGAUAACUAUUAAAACCAUAAAAUGCUGAAGGAGAUUGGAUAAUACAUACUCUUUAUGUCAGUACUGGGGGAAAUGAUCAGUUCUUUCCAAGAAUCAAUUCUGUCGUAAACAUGCACUGGUACAGAAGCGUUUUGUAUUCUACAUAUAAUUUAAGAGUCCAUUUGUGUAUAAUUUGACUUUAUUUUUUUCCCAGAAAUUGGCUCGAUUCUCAACUAGACACAAGCUCAGAUUAAACCUUCCCCAAUAAUGACUUAAUAGUGCAUUAACCGAACAAAAACCAUGGCUAUCUCCAAAUUCCAGCACCGUUCCUCACUAAGACCUCUUAUUUUCCUUGUUCAAAAGGUAAAGGUAAAGGAGUCCCUGCAGAUUUUACUCUGCUAGUUGUUGUUGACUUUAGGGGGCAGUGCUCAUCUCUGUUUCUUUCUUGUUCAAAGUGAUGAUCUAAAUAUGAAUAGUGUUUAUAUCAAGUUCAUCACUUAGUGAGAUUAGAGUUUCUUAUAUGAAGUAGUCAUAGAACAAAACAUAUUUUAAAAAGCCAAGUGCAAGGAAGCAGUAAAAAUCUAUUUAUGAAAUGGAGAUGGAUUGGAUAUUGAAGCAACGAUUGCGAAAAGCUUUGAAAGGAAGCAUUUUUAGAGGCUUCACUGAUGUCACAACUAACGUCUGAAAUCCUAUAUGAGUGUUCUUUAAAUAGGUUCUUUCUUUCAUCUUAUAUUGGAAAUUUGAAAUGUUGAAUACAUAGCAGUGAAUGUUAUUAGAGCUUCAUGUGAAUCUUACUGAUAUAUAAAGGGAAUGUGACUGAACAAGUAAUGCCAAAGCUUGGUAUUUCUUAUAUAUAUAUAUAAAAGCAUUCAAUAUGUGAAAAAGUAAUUGUCCCUCUGUUCAAUCAAGUCAACUGAAGCAAAAAGCAGGACCAGUUGUUUUAGUAUUUUGCUAAAAAGUGUAGAUUUGCACAUGUAUCAUCUCUCUUGCGGGAGCUGCAUUUGUUUCCAAUCUGCUUCCAGGUCCAAUUCGAGGUAAUGGUUACGAUCUUUAAACCCUACAUGGUUUGGAUCCAGGUUAUAUGAAGGACUGUCUUUUCAGUUACAUCUACCCAACCCACCAGAGAGGGGAGAUAGGGUAUAUUAUCACUACCCCCAUUAAGUAGCUCUAAUGAAUGCUAUGAUGGCAAGCCUUUUGGGCUUUGGGAGGUCAAAAAUUCAGAAAACACCUUGACUCUGAUGGCUUGUCAUGAAACACCUCAAUUGAGAUGAUUCUCUGGAUUUCCUCUCUGGAGUCUCAUGUGGAAGUUGCGUGUGAGACCCUGCUCUUAUGAGGCCUCUGAAGCCUUUGAAAAUCAACCAAGAAUGCUUGCAUGAUUUUUGGAUGCCUCAAACUGCACAAGAGCAAGGCCUUCUUGUGCAACAUCCAGGGGGUCUGUAGGUCUAGUGUGUCACCAAAAAUGAUGUGGCAUUGUCACCUGACAUAGGUUUGCUAUCACCAAUUUAAUGGGACCAAGAAGGGCUUUCUCAGUGGUGAUUCCUUCCCUGGGCAACAUCAUGGCCACAGAGAUAAGACUGGCCUUCACCUUGAUGCCCUUUUGAAAGGCGCUGAACAUAGUUUUGUCAUUGGGCCUGGGGACUCCAAGAUGAUAUGCAAUACAUCAAGUGUCUUGUCUUGUCCCUGGGGAGUGGAGCAUUUAUUGGGUUUUAUUUCUGUAAGCUACCUGGAAUCACCAUGAGUUGAGUGACCAUAUAUAUUUUCUUAAUAAACUAAUUUGGGCUAGCCCUGCCCUGAAUAAA